AUGUUGUCGACAUCAAUACUUAUUACGAUUGGCCUAAUCCCCUUGUGUUCGGCAAUUCCCCACUAUGUCCAUUCCCGCAUUGAUUUGGAACAUCUUCCUGGAUCAGUAAAACCAAGAUAUGGUGUUGAGACAAUCACUGAGUCGAAUUACUUCUGGUUUGGCAGCUUCAACGUUGGAAACUCGAGAAAUCUCACACUGUUGAUCGAUACUGGCUCAUCAGAUGUGAUUAUCAAUCCUGGUUAUUAUAGGCGAGGCUCGGCCUCAGUUAAUAUCCACAAGAAUUUCACGAACACAUAUGGCUCAACGGAAAGCGACGGUUCGGGAACAGGAACGGUCACCGGUUCUCUGUACAAUGACACUGUCAGCUUUGGUUCAUUCCAUGCGCAUCAAACGGUUGGAUCGGCCAGUGCUGGCGCCAGUGGGGAUGCCUUAAUUCCUGCCGAUGGUAUUGUGGGGUUUGCUGGUCUUGAAGAAUCGGCAUUCGGUGGUGCAUCCCCGUUCUUCCACUCACUUUGUGAUCAGGGCUUAGUCUCUGCCUGUCGGUUUGGUGUUAUUCUGUGGGAUGAUGGGAAGGGAACUCAGGUUCUCGGGGCAUUGGACAAGUCUUUGUUUAAGGGAGAGCUCACCACAACGUCUAUUAUUCAAGAGUGGGUUAUGUGGGCUGAUAUCGCUCUCAAUGGCAGGAUCAUCGAGAGGAAUGCAAUUGUGGAAUUAGAUACUGGCACAGCUACGAUUAUUGGGCCCCUGGAUGUGGUCAUCGGUAUCUUUAAUUCGUCCUCUAUUCCGUACAUCGUUUCGACUUCAAGCGCGGGUACGACCGUUAGCGGAUACUUCCCAUGCGACCAGCCACCAACCCUAGGACUCGUCAUCCCGUCCAGGCAAAAUUCCACCGAUGCCAGAAGGGACAAUUCAAAUUCAGUCAGCCACAAUAGCAAUCUAUUUAAUAUCGCUCCGGAUCAGUGGGCUGCUACCAAUAACGGAAACAACAAUUGUACUGCUGUUCUUUCGGGCACUGAUGCCCUCCCAUACAGCAAUUUAUGGGUUGUUGGUCAACGUGAGCUUACUUGA